GGUCAAUCUUUCUCACUCGUUCGCACAGAGUCACGUUUUUAAAAGUUAAAAUCUCCUCGAAAAAAAAAGAAAAGGAUAAGAGAAGCAGAGACGGGAGAGACGGUAGUUUCUCUCGCGUCGCACGUAGUUUCGUCCAUUUACGCGGUGUGGUUUCGUCCACUAAAAAGUUACGCGCAGGUACGUACAGCGCAGCAGCUGAUUCGUAAAAGAUGGCCGGCACUGAUACAAACGAUACAAACGAAUGAUCGCCAUCCACGGUGCCCCGCAGUAUGGUUUGAUAUUCGCUCGGUGUACGCGUUAACCGUCGUGCGAUUAAACAGAAGGGGCGAGAAUCAGUCGGAAUUAUAGUAGUUCGAAUCGGUCUCGCGUUUAGCGGAGAUUGAGGUAAAGAGAUGAUUUAUUUUUACGCGUGCGUCUCUCCGUCGCACACAGUCCCACUCUGCGAAACAGAUUCUCUUCACGCUGAUCAAACGAUCUGUUCGAUGUGAAGUGCGACCGUGUUGACAGAAAACAACAACCAAUCGAGCGCAUUCGUCGACACUCGUUGAUAAUUCGGCGUUAUGCGAAAUAUCUUGUAUUUUCGUGUCGUGGGAAAGGGCGAGAUAAACACAGAGAAGCAACGUAGCAGGAGACAGUCCUGAGUGAGCGACACGCAUUGUGUUGAAUGUCAGGGAUUUCAUAAGAGCCGCAAGAAUCAUCGGAAAUCUGUUGUGAAACUCGCAGUAUCUCCCUCGCUCGUCGACAAUAUAAUGGCUUAUGACUCACACAAUGUGAAAUAUUCGUCGAGUACACACCCUCCUUCACACGGCAGAUCAGCCGCACUCGGUUAUGCCUACUCCGGUCAUUCUCAACAACACUUUCAACAGACCGACGAGAACAGAAAUGAGAACAACUUCUGCGGCAACAAAGAGUUAACGUCGGGACAGAUCUCGCAACAGUCGUCCGGCACCCAGACCAUACAGAAAGUUGACGCUGCAACCAUGACGGAUCCCUUGCAGAUUGAUUUCAGACUCACGUCCGAGUACUUCGCGCGCUGUUCCAGCACUCUGGGCCUACCGUACGUGACCAAAUACGAGAGCAGCGGCAAUAAUUCUAUUCACAGUUGUCAGGAGAUAAAACCGAAACUUGAGUUUGAAAUCGAGCCACAGCACAUUAAUGGUAUAUUGAUUUACCACUGUCCGGAGUGCGCAUAUAGAUUUGAGGAUCGGGAGGCGCUUCACGAGCAUCUCGAGGAUCACAAGCAGAGACCUCACACCUGCGACAUUUGUGGCGCGAGCUUGAAGCGAAAAGAACACUUGGAUCGCCACAAGCAGGGACACAACAAGGACCGGCCUUAUCAGUGCACUAUCUGUUGCAAAGCAUUCAAGCGCAACGAACAUCUGGCACGUCACAUGAUCACUCACUCGGGUAGCAAAAAUCAAGUUUGUACAGAAUGCGGCAAGGCUUUCUACAGAAAAGAUCACUUGAAGAAACAUUUGCAAAGUCACAAUAGCGGUCGUAGCAAACACUUGAACAUCACGCAGAACAACCCGAACGAUCAACAGCCGAGAGAAGGGCUAAGUAGUUUCGCUAUGAUGAUGAGACAGACCGGGCCGCCUCCGUUUUCAAUUUUGCGAACUUAGUUACCGCACUGAAUAAUUUCAACAUAUUUUUACCUCUGUCUAUGUAAGAGAGAGAUCGCGUCUCACUACUCGAAUAAUUCGACUCGAACGUAAUUUCGUACGGAGAGCUUUUGUCUAAAAUUAAUUUCGACGAAUUCUUAGCGAAAUAAUUUUUCUUUCGGAAGCAACUUGUUAAUAGUGUAAGACACGCGCGUCUCGUUGGAGGAGCAUAUCUCGUUGCUAUGUAAUUUUAAUAACAGCAAGCAAACAAAAGAUUAAUGUAGAAAAUGAAAAAAAAAAAAAAACCAGUCCAUACCA